GAGAGAGAGAGAGAGAUGCUUUCAGAGCGCUGUGGUACUUGUCGGGGAUGUUUCUUCUCCCAAACAUCUCUUUUCCGAUCAUUACGCACGAUCCUGACCACCGCGAUCCCAUCAGCCACUCUGGCACCUUUCGAGUCUCCGCAAACAUUUACCGUUCCUCAGGAGCACACGGAAGAAGCAACAGUAGAGUCCCCUGGGCGGAUGAUGAUACUGUGAUUCAAGGUUUUUCUGUUGGAAUAGUGGAAAUUACGCACGGAGACGCGCCGGACACACGGGCCACUUUUGGCGCAGUUGUUUUCUGUGGCGGAUGGAAAACUGAUGGCUUUUCUCAUGCAGGAGGUUAUCUGUUCACACUGAAGGUACAGGAUGAAAACAUGGCACAGUUGCUUGUACCACCAGGACCAGACAGCUUCCGUCCGUUCAGUCGCGAGUCCCUCGCUGCCAUCGAGGAACGGAUCAAUGAGAAGAACGCCAAGAAGCCAAAGGGAGAAAAGAAAAAGCACAAGGAUGAGGAAGACCGUAAGCCCAACAGUGACCUGGAAGCGGGCAAGUGUCUCCCCCUUCUCUAUGGGGAUAUUCCUAAAGGAAUGGUGUCAACACCACUGGAGGACCUGGAUCCUUACUACAGAAAUCAGAAAACCUUUAUAGUAUUAAACAAAGGCAAGUAUAUCUUCCGCUUCAACGCUGCUUCCGCCUUGUAUCUCCUAAGCCCCUUCAACCUCAUUCGAAGAAUAUCAAUUUGGAUUUUGGUACACUCGUUGUUCAGCAGGGUGAUCAUGUGCACGAUCAUAGCUAACUGUGUAUUCAUGACAAUGAAUCGACCAGAAGAGUGGACAAAGAAUGUGGAGUACACAUUCACUGCAAUAUAUACAUUUGAGUCCCUCAUUAAAAUAUUAGCUCGAGGGUUCUGUAUAGGGAAGUUCACAUUUCUAAGAGAUCCCUGGAACUGGCUGGAUUUCAGUGUCAUUGUCAUGGCGUAUGUGACUGAGUUCCUGAAGUUCGGCAACUUGUCAGCGCUCCGUACGUUCAGAGUGCUGAGAGUCCUUAAAGCCAUUUCAGUUAUACCAGGACUGAAGACCAUUGUUGCUGCUUUGUUCCAGUCGGUGAAGAAGCUGUCUGAUGUGAUGAUCCUCACCGUCUUCUGCCUGAGUGUCUUUGCUCUCAUAGGGUUGCAACUGUUUAUGGGCAAUUUACAGCAAAAAUGUAUGUUCUGGCCCCACAAAAAUAUCACCUGGGAUGAUCUUAAAAAGUCAUUGAGUCCAGAUGGCACAUUACCCAAUGGGUCUCAUAUGAAUGAAAUGCUCCAACCAACCGACACUGUCAACUGGACAGAGUACUCGCUUGACAAGAAAAAUCACUAUUACCUGCCAAACAAAAAGGACCCACUACUUUGUGGGUUAGGCACAGGGGCUGGGCAGUGUCCGGAGGGGUACUCGUGUGUCAGAGUGGGAAGGAACCCAGACUAUGGCUACACCAGCUUUGACACCUUUGGUUGGGCCUUUCUUGCUCUGUUCAGACUGAUGACUCAGGAUUACUGGGAAAACCUUUACCAGCAGACGUUGCGGGCCGCUGGAAAGCCCUACAUGAUCUUUUUUGUGCUGGUGAUAUUCCUUGGCUCCUUCUACCUGGUCAACCUGAUCUUGGCUGUUGUAGCUAUGGCCUACGAUGAGCAGAGCCAAGCCACCAUCAACGAAGCUAAGCAGAAGCAAGAGGAGUUUCAGGUCAUGCUUGAGCAGCUUAAACGUCAGCAGGAGGAUGCUCAGGCAGCAGCAACUGCUGCAGCAGAGACCGGUGACAGUGACAAAGGGGGCGGCACAGAGAGCUCCUCUGACAUGUCCAAAUUUAGCUCCAAAAGUGCCAAAGAGAGACGCAACAGGCGUAGGAAAAGAAAGGAGGAUGAGGGCAAAGGGGCUGAUGAGAGGUUUCCUAAAUCCGAGUCCCAGGACAGUAUCAAGAAGAUUCACUGCCGUUUUACUGUGGAUGCAAACCUGUGCCCCAAUGACAUAAAAUGCUCGUCUCCACACCAGUCCUUUCGAAGUUUUCGUGGAUCCCCGUUCUCACUAAGACGACACAGCAGGACCAGCGUUUUCAGUUUUCGAAGCCAAACACAGGACAUCGGCUCAGAAAAUGACUUUGCUGAUGAUGAGAAUAGUAUUUUUGAGGACAACCUCAGUCGGAGGGACUCUGUUUUUGUCCCGCAGAUAUGUCAUCGGCACAGCAGCAGUAUGAGCCAGUGUAGCUUCUUGCCGCACCUGCUGCCUCCAUCUGGUGGAAAGAAGUACAGCUCUGUAGACUGCAAUGGGGUGGUUUCUCUUGUGGGUGGGAAUUCACUCCCAGCAACACCUGUGGGACUCUUUCUGCCUAAAGUGACAGUGGACAUGUCAUCCACUGGAGACAGUGCCAACACCACGGACACAGAAUAUGGACCGAGUGAGUGUGAAUCUUAUCAGGACACAUUGGACUUCAUCGAGGGUCCUGAAGCCAGACAGAGGACUGUCAGCAUUGCAAGUGUUAUAACCAGCACAAUAGAAGAACUCGAGGAAUCAAGGCAAAAAUGUCCUCCUUGUUGGAACAAAUUUGCCAACACCUUCCUCAUCUGGGACUGUUGUCCAGGGUGGCUAAAGAUCAAGAAGGUGGUAAACAUCGUAAUGAUGGAUCCAUUUGUGGACCUAACCAUCACCAUCUGCAUUGUACUCAAUACACUCUUCAUGGCCAUGGAACAUUAUCCAAUGGGCUCUGAUUUCCAAAGCAUGCUGGUUGUGGGUAAUCUGGUAUUCACUGGCAUCUUCACGGCUGAAAUGGUUCUCAAGAUCAUUGCGUUGGACCCUUAUUUUUACUUCCAGGAAUACUGGAAUAUUUUUGAUAGUGUCAUUGUCACUUUAAGCUUAAUGGAGGUUUCUCUGGCAGGUGUACUUGGCAUGUCUUUCCUGAGAUCCUGCAGAUUGCUGAGAGUGUUUAAGCUGGCUAAAUCAUGGCCCACACUCAACACUCUGAUCAAAAUAAUCCGUAACUCAGUGGGUGCUUUGGGAAACCUGACUCUGGUGCUGGCCAUUAUCGUCUUCAUCUUUGCUGUUGUGGGCAUGCAGCUGUUUGGAAAGAGCUACAGGGACUGCGUGUGCAAAAUCUCUAGCGACUGCACCCUGCCCCGAUGGCACAUGCACGACUUCUUCCAUUCGUUCCUCAUCGUCUUCCGAGUGCUUUGUGGCGAGUGGAUCGAGACCAUGUGGGACUGCAUGGAGGUGGCCGGACAGGCCAAGUGUAUCAUUGUCUAUAUGAUGGUCAUGGUUAUUGGAAACCUCGUGGUGCUGAAUCUGUUCUUGGCUCUGCUGCUGAGUUCUUUCAGUGCUGACAACUUGGCUGCGACAGAAGAUGAUGGCGACAUGAACAACUUGCAGAUUGCCAUUGCACGGAUUCACAGGGGCAUUGCCUUCAUGAAGUCUAUGCUUCGAAGCACUUGCAGCAGUGUAUGCAUGAGGAAAAAGGGCAGUAAAAACAGUGCAGACCAGGACAAGUCUCUGGAUAACCUCCAGAAACCUUUGGGGCAUGAUAUUGUCCCCAAUCACACCAUCAAACACUUUCCCAAGAAUGGCAAUGGGGAUAUUACCGGGGUGGACAAAAGUGGAAACAAGUAUAUCGUCAGCAGCAACAGCAAUGAUUCUAUUAUGUCUUUCAUCAACAACCCAAGUUUGACUGUCACUGUGCCGAUUGCUGUGGGAGAGUCCGACUUUGAAAACCUCAACACUGAGGACUUCAGCAGCGCCUCAUCUGACACACCUGGAUGCCAUGUGAUUGUAGAAGAUGAUGGCCAGCUCAGCUCUUCUGAGGGCAGUACAGUGGACUUCGGUGCACCGGGAGAUGGAGGAGAAUCUUUAGACUUUGAACUGGAGGAAUCCAUGGAUCCUGAGAACUGCUUUCCUGAAGGCUGUGUGAAAAGGUUCCCCUGCUGUCAGGUGAAUGUGGAGGUGGGUUGGUGGAAGAUCUGGUGGACAAUAAGAAGGACCGGUUACCGGAUAGUGGAGCACAAUUGGUUUGAGAGCUUCAUCAUCUUCAUGAUCCUGCUUAGUAGUGGAGCACUGGCCUUUGAAGACAUCUACAUUGAGAAGAACAAAACCAUUAAGACGAUCUUGGAGUUCGCAGACAAAAUCUUCACCUACAUCUUCAUCCUAGAAAUGCUGCUGAAGUGGGUGGCAUACGGAUUUGCCAAAUAUUUCACCAAUGCCUGGUGUUGGCUCGACUUCCUGAUUGUGGCUGUCUCUCUUGUCAGCCUGAUAGCCAACGCCAUGGGAUUAGAUGGAAUAGGUGCCAUAAAGUCUCUGAGAACGCUACGAGCUCUGAGACCCCUGAGAGCACUGUCAAGGUUUGAGGGCAUGAGGGUGGUUGUCAAUGCCUUAUUGGGUGCCAUCCCAUCCAUCUUCAAUGUCCUGCUGGUUUGUCUGAUCUUCUGGCUCAUCUUCAGCAUCGUGGGAGUUAACUUGUUUGCAGGAAAGUACUACUACUGUGUGAAUGAAACCACGGGUAAGCCUUUUCCACCAACAGAGGUGAAGAACAUGACAGAGUGUGACGCAUUACCAGGUGCUUACAAGAAGAAUGUCAAAAUCAACUUUGACAACGUUGGUGCAGGCUACCUUGCCCUUCUGCAAGUGGCUACAUUCAAGGGUUGGAUGGAUAUCAUGUAUGCUGCCGUGGACUCAGGGGUGAAACCAGAAGAACAACCCGACUAUGAGGUAAACCUGAAGAUGUACCUGUACUUUGUUGUUUUCAUCAUAUUUGGAGCCUUCUUCACACUCAACCUCUUCAUUGGUGUCAUCAUCGACAAUUUCAAUCAGCAAAAGAAAAAGUUUGGAGGUCAAGAUAUAUUCAUGACCGAAGAACAGAAGAAAUACUACAAUGCAAUGAAAAAACUGGGGUCAAAGAAACCACAAAAACCAAUUCCGAGACCAUCGAACAAGAUUCAAGGAUUUAUCUUUGACUUCACCACGCAACAAGCAUUUGAAAUUGCAAUAAUGGUUUUGAUUUGGCUUAACAUGGUUGCCAUGAUGGUGGAAACUGCUGACCAAACAAAGACAAUGAAGGACACUCUGGGACACAUCAAUGUAUUCUUCAUUGUCGUCUUCACUGGAGAGUGUUUGCUGAAGAUGAUUGCACUCCGCCAGUACUAUUUCACCAAUGGGUGGAAUAUAUUUGAUUUCAUCGUAGUCAUUCUGUCAAUCAUCGGUAUGUUCCUGGCGGGGAUCAUUGAAAAGUAUUUUGUUUCACCGACUUUGUUCAGAGUCAUCCGCCUGGCUCGCAUUGGACGCGUCCUCCGCCUUAUCAAAAGCGCCAAAGGAAUCCGCACACUCCUGUUUGCCUUGAUGAUGUCACUUCCUGCCUUGUUCAACAUUGGCCUGUUGCUUUUUUUGGUGAUGUUCAUCUAUGCCAUCUUUGGCAUGUCCAACUUCGCUUAUGUCAAGAAGGAGUCGGGCAUCGAUGAUCUUUUUAAUUUUGAGACAUUUGGCAACAGCAUGCUCUGUUUGUUCCAGAUCACCACCUCGGGAGGGUGGGACGGCCUCCUGGCUCCCAUUCUCAACAACAACUACCCAGAUUGUAGCAAUGACACAGAACACCCUGGAAGUUCGUUGAAGGGAAAUUGCGGAAAUCCUCCUGUGGGUAUUGCUUUCUUUGUGAGCUACAUCAUCAUCUGCUUCCUGAUUGUGGUGAACAUGUACAUCGCUGUCAUCCUGGAAAACUUUGGCGUGGCCACAGAGGAGAGCGCGGAUCCACUAAGUGAGGACGACUUUGAAAUGUUUUAUGAAGUGUGGGAGAAGUUCGAUCCUCGUGCAACUCAGUUCAUGGAAUACAAUAAGCUGUCGGACUUUGCAGAUACCUUGGACCCACCCUUACGCAUAGCUAAACCCAAUAAGCUUGAACUGAUCAAUAUGGACCUGCCAAUGGUGAGCGGUGAACGCAUUCACUGUCUGGACAUCCUGUUUGCAUUCACAAAACGGGUCCUGGGCGAGGGUGGGGAGAUGGACAUGCUGAGGGCACAGAUGGAGGAGCGUUUCAUGGCUUCCAAUCCUUCCAAAGUGUCCUAUGAACCUAUCACAACCACCCUCCGCCGCAAACAGGAGGACACAUCGGCUGUCAUCAUACAGAGAGCGUUCAGAGAGUAUCUCAAGAAAAAUGCUGCCACAAAACCCUCUGACACAGCCAAAGAGGACAUUCAGUGUGAGAAAGCGGACAAAAAGGACCUCGUCGUUCCCAAACCCGGUCAAAUUGGUAGCACAGAGAAAAAUGACCUGACUCCUGUGGCUUCUUCGCUGCCAUCUAACAGCGUGGCAACCAAUGGGAAUAACAAAUAUGAAAAAGACAAAUGCGAAAAGGAGGAUGUGGGCAAAGACGUCAGAGAGGAAGAUGUUUAAAGAAAUGCUGAUGAUGCAACUUGAUGACAAAAUGUUUACAACCUUCAAAGUGGACACGUCCUCACAAUGUGGAUAUCUAUGCCAAA